AUGCGCCAGCUAAGCGCAUCCCCUCACGCUCUCCUGCUGAGUCAGCACCUGGUGUUGCUGACUCACAGCAGCCAUCCACGGAGGGGGAGGGUGGGGAGGAGGGAAGGGGAUGAGGGUAGGGAGAGGGGGAGAGGGGGCGGGGGUGUGGAGGGAGGUUCAGGCGUUAUAAGGAAGAAUAAAGCUGACGAGGACCAUCCUAUAGCAGUCAUCCUUAAUGUGGCUAAGGAGGAAAUUUCUCUCCACAUCCCCACGGUCUUUGUAAACGGUUCUCUCCCGAGCCAGUCCCCCAAUUCCGCCUGGGCAGAAGUGGGGGGAAGGAUGCGCGCAUGGGGGGAGGCAGGGGAGGCGGAGGGGAAGCAACAGGGGGUGAUGGGGGGGCUUGGCGUUGGGGGGGAAGGGGAGGAAGGAGGAGGAGAAAGAGGAGGGGGGAGAGGAGGGGACGCGGAAGGGAGGCCGGGGAGGAGGAGCAGAUGGGGAAGGAAAGAGGGGAGCAUGAUAGGAAGAAGUAGAAGAAUGCCUAAGGGAACCAAGGAGGCAGCAGGGAGAUGUAUGGCAUGGCUCAUGGAACACGAUAGGAUCAUUCUGAUGUGUGCUGAAGCCUUGCAGUUGCAUCGACAGCGGUCUAUUCAGCAACGAAAAGGACUCGACUCGGCUUUUCCCUCCUCCUCCUCCUCCUCCUCCUCCUCCUCCUCCUCCUCCUCCUCCUCCUCCUCCUCCUCCUCCUCCUCCUCCUCCUCCUCCUCCUCUCACCCCCCUCGUCACAUAAGGCUGCACCAUCGGGUUCGGUACCUACGCUCCCUCCUCUCCUCCCCUCCCUGCAGAUUUCCCCUGCCCCGCCUGCUGCUUUCCCAAAAGGAGAGAGCCGAAGAGGCGUUGCAGAGACUCUCCCCUCACCUCUUCCCCUCCUCCCCUCCUGCCGUCUCUUUCCUCUUGCAGUACUUUCGGCAGCCGGGAGAACAAACAGGUGGCACGGAUUCUGGUGACGGCAGCAGCAGCAGCAGCGGUGGUGGUGAUGGGGACAAGUUCAAGAAUGGCCGUUUCCUUAGGGUGGUAUUCAACCACAACGCCCACGAAAUAAGGGGGUACAACGCGGCCGCCCGCACUGCCCGGGGAACCACAAUAGCGCUCCUGCAAGACGAUGACAUCCUGCCCCCCGACUGCCGUUGGAUCUGGAGGAUCCUACGGCUGAUGAAGCAGCAGCCGGCUGUAGCAGCAGUGGGUUACCGCACGGGAAGAGUGGACAUGAACGGGCCGUUAUGGGGAGAAAUCAAUUCCUGGUAUCGGCAACCUUAUGAAAUAUUUUCACACCCAAGCCAGGACAGGAGGACUGGUAUCAGGAGUUACUUUGCCGGGGUGUUGGAUUUUGCACCGUUUGUGAUGCGGAGGGAUAAGUAUUUGCUGCUGGGGGGGUUGGAUGAGGGGGAGGCGCCGAGGGGGCAGAGUGCAAUCAUGGCGGACUGGCAGAUGACGUUUCGGGCGUGGUUUGCCGGCAUGCAGGUGGGUUUGCCGGCAUGCAGGUGGGUUUGCCGGCAUGCAGGUGGGUUUGCCGGCAUGCAGCUAGAGUGGCCGCCGUGUUUUCGUGAAUGGGGAGAUGAUGACGUGGAUGGGGAGAUGAUGACGUGGAUGGGGAGAUGA